AUGCUUGGACAAGUGGCGACGUCCAGGCUUUCAAGAUGCCUGCGAGCAUCCCAACCGGCGGCGGCGUGCCUGCUGCGGGCACAGCGGCAAGCGCGUGGCAGCAGGCAAAUCGCUGCGUCGGCCGGCGCCGCGGCGGCACAGGACCAGCAGCAGCAGCAGCAGGCGGAGCCGGAGCAGCCGCAGGCGCCGCAGCCGCAGGGAGGCGGCGGCAAGGGGCGCAAGGUCGGCGCGGCGGCGGCGCUGGAGGGCGGCAGCAAGGGGCUGAUUGACACGAACCCGCCCAGGGGCACGCGCGAUUUUUUGCCCGAGGAGAUGCGUCUGCGCAGCUGGCUGUUUGGCCACUGGGCCGCGGUGGCGAACAGCUUCGGCUUCGAACAGUUUGACGUGCCCGUGCUGGAGAGUGAGGAGCUGUUUGUGCGCAAGGCCGGGGAGGAGAUCACGGACCAGCUGUACAACUUCGAGGUGGGUGACGUCAACACCCGGUGA